AGAGAGACUCAGACAGGUUCAGGUCUACAGAGAGAUGAAGAUGAUGAAGAUGAUGAAGAUGAUGAAGAUGAUGAAGAUUAUGGUGGUCCUCGUUCUCUCCAGUCUCCUUUGUGUCUCAGCUGACGUGCUUCGUAUGGAGGGCUGUUCAGAGACUGAUGGAGAGGUGAUGUAUGGAAUGGACGGUGAAGAGGCUUGGUACUCAGACUUUAAGAACAAAAAAGGAGUCCUGGUUCUGCCCAGUUUUGCAGAUUCUGUGAGAGUCCCAGAAGGACUUUAUGAAGAAUCUGUGGUUAGUCUACAGGGCUGCAAAAAUGCCCUGAAACUUGCACGUGGAGCCUUCAAGAACCUCCCACUGGAGCAGGAUCCUCCUUCCAGUCUGAUGGUCUACACCAAAGAACACGUGGAGCUCAGAGAGAAGAACACCCUCAUCUGUUAUGUGACUGGUUUCUAUCCUGCUCCUGUCAACUUCUACUGGACAAAGAACGGAGAGAACGUCACCCAAGGAACCAGCACCAACGUUCCCUACCCCAACAAAGACGGUUCCUUCAACCAGUUCUCCAGACUGGAGUUCAUCCCACAGCUGGGAGACAUCUACAGCUGUACAGUCAAACAUCUGGCCCUGGACCAACCACUGACCAGAAUCUGGGAUGUGGAUCUUAAUGUUUCUGUGUUUCUGUCUCCAGAUGUGGAUCUUAAUGUCUCUGUGUCUCUGUCUCCAGAUGUGGAUCUUAAUGUCUCUGUGUCUCUGUCUCCAGAUGUGGAAAAGACUCAGCCCGGUAUUGGACCUGAAAUUUUCUGUGGACUGGGUCUGACUGUGGGUCUGCUCGGUGUGGCUGCUGGAACCUUCUUCCUCAUAAAAUGAAAUGAGUGCAGCUGAUUGGUUGGGGCUGAUGAUGUCAACAGUGUACA